AGUAGGGUGAGGAACCCCAAAUUUGACAUGAAAAGAGAGGCAGACUCUUCCAGUCCCCCUCUUCUUGGUCCCUUCCAGUCCUCACCCUACCCACACCCUCUCACCCAUGGCUCUGCUCAUCUCCCAGUGGAGGAGGGAGGGGAAAAUGCAGCAGCUUUAUCCGAUGCAUGAGGGUGGGCCCAGCCCUCUGCAGCCGUGAAGGGGUUAAGAGGCUGGGCCAGCCACCUCAGCCUGCCCCUCCCAGGGAUUAAGAGUCCUCUAUAAAGGGGACUGUCCAUCCAGGCCAGGGGGAUAUUAGGGACCCAGGCAUUGUGCCAUCCCCCCUGCCAUGUGGGAACUGCGGUCAGCCUCCUUCUGGAGGGCAAUAUUUGCUGAGUUCUUUGCUACCCUCUUCUAUGUCUUCUUCGGGCUGGGGGCCUCACUGCGUUGGACCCCUGGACCCCUGCAUGUCUUACAGGUGGCUCUGGCCUUCGGCCUGGCCCUGGCUACGCUGGUGCAAGCUGUGGGCCACAUCAGUGGAGCCCAUGUCAAUCCUGCAGUCACUUUCGCCUUCCUUGUGGGCUCUCAGAUGUCCCUGCUCCGUGCCAUCUGCUAUAUGGUAGCCCAACUCCUGGGAGCCGUGGCUGGGGCCGCCGUGCUGUACAGUGUCACCCCACCUGCCGUCCGAGGAAACCUAGCACUUAACACGUUGCACCCUGGGGUGAGUGUGGGCCAGGCCACCAUAGUGGAGAUCUUCCUGACGCUCCAGUUCGUGCUCUGCAUCUUUGCCACAUACGACGAGAGGCGGAAUGGCCGCCUGGGCUCUGUGGCCUUGGCCGUCGGCUUCUCCCUCACCCUGGGGCACCUCUUUGGGAUGUAUUAUACUGGUGCAGGCAUGAACCCUGCCCGUUCCUUUGCUCCUGCCAUUCUCACCAGGAACUUCACCAACCACUGGGUGUACUGGGUGGGCCCCAUCAUUGGAGGGGGCCUGGGCAGUCUCCUUUAUGACUUUCUCCUCUUCCCCCGGCUCAAGAGCGUUUCUGAGAGACUGUCUAUUCUCAAGGGUGCCAGGCCCAGUGAAUCCAAUGGACAACCAGAGGCCACAGCGGAACCUGUUGAACUGAAGACCCAAGCUCUGUAAAAGCUCCAGUGGGAUAGAGGGAGUAGGAAGCUUCUGGGUUUACAUGCAGGGGCUGAGCCAGCCCCUGGAUGAAGAGACUGUGGGGAGGGGCAUGUACUUCUUUAUUUUUAAAUUUACGUCUUUUUUUUUUUUUUGGCCUUUUGCCGUGUGAAAUCUUUCAAGUUGCAUUCAUGAGCUGGUUGGUGCAAACUUCCCUUCCUCCCCCUCCCACCCUUUUUCGCCGAUGUGUGUGCAAGAUUGUGAUUGUGCGUAUGAAUGUGUGAAUGUGGCUGUGUCUGAGUUUUGGGGCAUGGCAUGAGAGGUAGGGAAGUGAAAAGAGGCGUUACCCUAUACCUUCCUCUCCCAACCCAGUGUGGUUAAGUUCAGGGCACCAAGACCUUGUUUCUGGCCUCUGCCCUGCUGCCAGUCAGGUGUAUGGCUCUGACUUUCAGACAGGACAGGGGAGCAGUAGUUACUCCUCAGAGGCAAGGCAUUCCAAGGGUUGGGAGAAGCAGUUGGGUGUCAGGGAGGAAAUGGAGGCGUUAGCCCAGAUCAGGAUGCAAUUGUACCAAAAAGUUUUGGAGAAGUUAACAGGAGAGUGUAGCCUACUUAUCUCAGGGAUGCUUGCCCCAGGGACUUGGGUGGGGAAGUAGCUCUGAGAAAAAUGAACACUGGGGUUUGAACUGUUCUGUAAAUCCACAUCAACCUGUCUACAUUCACUGCCUGGGUUUUGUGUUCAUUCUGGCAGGAUGGAUCUCUUUGGAGGCUCUGGGCCAUUAGCUCCCAACCUAAAUAAAGGGUGGGUGAGCCUAGAAUCUAUAAAGAUUAAGUAGCUUAACUAUUCUGCCCAACAGCCACCCAGUGCAGCCUCUAGACAGACAGUACUUGAGCCCAGAAAAGCUCCCUAAGGCCAAAACAGGAAAUCUGAUGCCUGGAGCAAAUGCAGAAAUGACGAUGGGGACACAGGAGGGAGAGGAUUUGAUGCUCAGAGUUUUAAUUUAGAUCAGACCAAAACACUCUUCCAAUGGCCUCUUUCUGCUUUUAUCAUUAUUUCUUCGGUCUUCUUUAUUUUCCUUUUUGUUGUCUGUCUUUUCAACUUUAGCAAACCUCUUCUAACUCUCCACCUGUCCCAGAAAUUGAUUCUUUCUAUUCAAAUGCUUAAUAAUUUUCGAGAUAUUCGUUUGAUCCCUAUCUUCUUUCGUUGUUGGCAAAAUACACUCAUCUCAGCAGAGGUCAGAGGAGACCUUGAACAGACCAAUGAAUACUUACUGUUGAUCUCUUCCUUUUAGGAGCCUCCUGCAUACUUCGCAAGCUUUAAACCUAUACCUAUAGUAAGAAAGACACCCCAGCCCCGCAAAAGACCACUUCUCCG